CUCAAGCUGGCUGUGUGGAUAAGGCAGGUUGGGCAGGUUGCUGUGACAUGUGGGGCAGGAUGGGAUUGCUCACUCGCUUUCCUUCUUUUCCUCCUCCUCAUCGGAUUAUUUUGCAGCAGGACCCACGUACCCUCCCUCCGUCCCUCACACACACACACACUGGCGCUCUCUUAGGUUGCUUUUGUUUUUAUUGUAUUAUUCUCUUGUGCAACAGGGGGCGGGAGAAACUAAGGGUGGCCUUGAUUUUUCUCUUUAGCAUUUUAAACACACACAGAGUGUUUGGGUGGGGGAGAGAGAGAGAGAGAGAGCUGAUCCUUGGUCCUGUGAGUUGCUACCUCUACAUGCCUGAGCCAGCAGACAAAGCAAGCACGGAUGAAGUUGGUACGGUUACCCCGGGGCAUGCCAUUUCCUCCUUGGGUCAGAGGAAUCACAGAGACUCCCCUGCCCCCUGUCCGCUACUGAGCUGAAAAUCUGCCUCUGGGAUUUAACCUGCUGCUCCUGAAUUUCCUCCGCUCCUGCCUGUCUCACUCUGCUUCUUCCUCCCACCUUCCCCCGCUCUUCAACACCCCCUGGACCAGAGCUGGAUUCUGAUGGAACUGCCAAGAUGUUCAUGUCCAGAAUCCUGGAUUUUCAGAAGACAAGAUAUGCCAGGUUUAUGAAUCACAGGGUCCCGUCCAACCGGAGGUACCAGCCAACGGAGUAUGAGCACGCAGCAAACUGUGCCACGCAUGCCUUCUGGAUCAUCCCCAGCAUCCUUGGCAGCUCCAUCCUCUACAUCCUCUCAGAUGACCAUUGGGAGACCAUCUCAGCAUGGAUCUAUGGGUUUGGCUUGUCUGGCCUCUUCACUGUCUCCACCAUCUUUCACACCAUCUCCUGGAAGAAGAGACACCUCAGAACAGUGGAGCACUGCCUGCACAUGUUUGACCGGAUGGUGAUCUACUUCUUCAUAGCAGCAUCUUAUGCCCCCUGGUUGAACCUACGGGAGUUGGGUCCCUGGGCCUCCCACAUGCGCUGGAUCAUCUGGAUCAUGGCAUCCGUCGGAACCAUCUAUGUUUUCUUCUUCCAUGAGCGGUACAAGCUGGUGGAGCUGGUGUGCUAUGUUGUCAUGGGAGUCUUCCCUGCCCUGGUGAUCCUUUCGAUGCCAAACCGAGAUGGCCUCUUGGAGCUGGUGGCUGGUGGGCUUUUUUACUGCCUGGGCACGGUGUUCUUCAAGAGCGACGGGCGCAUCCCCUUUGCCCAUGCCAUCUGGCACCUCUUCGUGGCAACCGGAGCGGGCAUCCACUACUAUGCCAUUUGGCGGUACCUGUACUGGCCCGAAGUGCUGAAGGCAAAGACGUCCAGAUAGGAGCCCCAAGGACAUGGGACACGCCAAUUGGCACUUGGGGGAAGAUUUCCCAAGGAGCUUGGCUCUGUUUCCUGCCGGAAAGCCAUUCCCAGGGCUUGGUCCCCUGAUGGGAGGGAGUCUCUGGUGUCCGUAUCCAGCCAGUCUCACGCAGAUGGAAGAGCCCGAAAGGUUUAUUUUAAACUGAUUUUAACCUUGUAUAGUGUUUGGUUGUUAGGCAAACGUUUCAUAACAAAAUGAACAGUUAAUGGUGUUGUUGGCGGAGCGGACUGGCCCGACCGGGGCAAUGGUCUUUGUGCUAAGGUUUUGUUCUCAUGGUCCCAAACAACCUCGAAACCUGCAAAACCCUCGUCUGGAUGAGAGCUCCAAACCAGCAGGUGCCCAGACUCUGUACUUCUGGCUGCUGGACCCUCUGGCUGCUUUCAAGGGGAGAGGCUACCCUUAGAUAGAAGCCGUUAGCUCCAGGAGGGACACUGGAGGCUGGUGACGCAUGAAGGUGGACAGGAGGAAUGGACACUUAACACCAGUGAACAGCACCAGGAUUAGAGCAUAACAUACCAGGUUUGUUUCCCACUCUAACGAGCCUCCACUAGCAGAUAGUUAAGGGGACAACUUCUUAAACAAGGCUCCUUGAUUCUGCCCAGAAAGGAGAGCAGGCAGGAGAUGUCAGACCUCACAAGAGUCAACCAUGCCUGUCGUCUGAUGGGGCUCUUUUUGAAGGUUUUUCCCCCUUAACAGGCUAGCUCCCUGAUUCCUCUGCCCCCACUGUACAACUAAUUUCGGGGAAAGCAGGCUCUUGUAGCAGCAGAUGAGCAAGGUGAACCUGAGCUUGGUUUAACCAGGGGCAGUUAAGAUCCCUGGCCCACAGCGUUCUGAAGGCAGAGAGUGGGGUUGGAAAAGAGGUUCUGGGUUUGGCCAGUCUGUAGCUGCAGGAUAAAAUCUUAGUGUGGGGUCUGAUUGGGAUCCCAAGUGUGAAGGUGGGACGCGAAGGGAGUUGGGGAGCCUGUCUCAUCUUAGGAUGAGUUACUACUGAUAGGACCAAGUUCAACUCUGGCCCGGGGACCGACAGGCACUGGGGCUGAAUUCCCUUUUUUAAUACAGUUGCCAGUGUCGCAAUCUGCCAGAGAAGGAGCAGAGCUGGCCAUUCCUAGGUUUCUGUAGGGAGAGUUGUUUCCAUUGAUGUUUUAAAUCUCGUCUCUGUAGAGUGGGGAGGUUUCACACCCUGUAUCCCUGUGCACAGCUCUUUAGCUGUAUCCAGAGGAAACCGCUCCCAUUCUAGGGCUUUCAUCACGCUUGUUUCCAUGCAGAGAUUCGGUGCGUACGUCUAUGCAGCACAAAGAGACCCAUGCCAACAAGUCUCAGAGCCUGGGUCGACUGACUUGGGCUCACGCUGCGGGGCUAAACAUAGCAGUGUGGACAUUUAAGUGCGGGCUGGAGCCUGGGCUCUGAGGCUCUCCUGCCUUGCGGGGUUUCAGAGCCCAGGCCUAGCUCAAGCAUCUACACUGCUAUUCUUAGCCCUGCAUCCCCAGCCCCCAUCGGUUGACUCUGGCUCUGAGACUUGCUGCUGUGGGUUUUUUUGCUGUGUAGAUGUACCCUUAGCGGAUUCCAGCAGGACCCUCCGCUCCUUCUGUUUCCUUAAGAAAGGUUCUGUAUAUGCCAAGGUGUCUAUUCUUCUCUGCUCUCCUCCUGCUGCUGGGUGAGGAUCCUUUCUAUCGCCACAGACCCUCUAGUUACUAAGGGGGUGUCAACAUGUGCAUGGUAGGCAUGCCAGGACAGUGGGCUAAGCACCAGCAGUUUCUGUUUACUUCUACUAGGGUUGCAGGUGCUCAGCGCUUUGGAAAAUCUGUGUUGUCCAAGGCUUUGGUAUGCAGCAAAUAGGGGUCUGGUGAAGGGGUAACCUGGGGGCAGGGGUCUUGAGGAAUCAGUUCAGUGGAAACCCCAAAUUCCAAGGGUGUCUCUUGGCUGGGGUAGGGAUUUGGCCUCCAUGCCCUGGGAUUGAGUUUUUCCCCUAGUUCCCAGGCCUUAGUUACAGCAGGGAGAUAGGAGGGAGUUUCACUAACAGAGCCAGGGCAGGCCUGGAACCCUGCACUUUCUCCCCAGGAUUUGAGGUUUGUUUUAAGUGUUUAAUCAGAUCACUGAAAAUUCCUGGCAGCCCCUGUCCCCAAAUGCUGCUGAAUGCUAAUGUCUUAGUUUACGUAACAAAACAAACAAGCCAUCGCCCCUGCUAGCUCAGAGUGACCCCCCCCCGGCUAUGGAAGCCUCAGAGUGACCCCCCCCCCACCCCGGUUAUGGAGAUGGCUAUUCCAGCAGCACAUCUGCCCUCACCAGCGCUCUGCAAUCCAAAGACCAGCUGAACUGAUAAGCUUCCAGUUGGAGCCAUCUCUUUUAUCUGCUGGGUUUUCUGCAGGUGCAAUACCUCAACUGGCCACACAGGGAUGAGGGGGCAGCACUGAGUUGGGGCCCCAGGGCUUGAAACGGACACUGUCCAGGUUUGCUCGCAAAGGAUGUGAUCCAUAAAAGCACUUUGUGAUUGGAGGGCCCAGGGUCAACAAAGCCUUACAUGUGACUGAAACUUGAAUCCAUUCCAGGACUCCCAGAGUCCCUGAGCACUAGAAAACCUUGCGUCGAGGCCAGUAUUAAGCGUACAACUCUGUACAUUCCUUAUAGAUGGGCGUUCAGACAUUUCAUACAUGAUGCACUGUGCUUGCCUCCCCACCUUCAGCCCCAGCCGUGGUUCAAAAGCAAGAUCCCCCUUCAAAGCAUUUGCCACUUGUGUGCCUUUGCCCGGCAGAGGGAAAAGGGUGAAUCUGGAUCGACCCUUCCAUCUGGCUGGAUCACGAUUCACUCGAUAUCAGUUUUUUGCAAACUAGAAAUGUCAACCUGCUAGAAUAAUCUAGAAAAUGUGGAUCAGGAUUCAGGGGUUUUGUGCGUCCUCCAUGUGCUGCAUGCAGUCGGUAGGCUUAACCAGGGUUAGCUCCGUUCUCUUGAUGGUUGUCAGCAGCCUAGAUUUGUAGUUACUCUUAGGCAAACCUUUAUCGCUCCAAUACCCAUGUGUGAUGGACUCUUCCAUUUAGCAUGCAGUGGGUGUGUUGAGAGGGGAGAUGGAUCAUGAUGAUGCUAUCAUUUUGGGUAGAUUUAUUGAAUAGGGUUAUACUAAAGAAGUUCCAUGUCGGGGAACUCUGUUGCAUUGUAUGUCUAGAGUUCCACGCAUUGCAAUAUCUUGGUGCUGGCCCCUUAUAAAACACGCUCACAGUAGUGGGAAUGUAUGGCAGGGAGAGGGGUGGUCGGGAGGCAUUUGUCAGCCAGGAAUGAGGGGCCUACUGGGGCUAAGGAUCUCCCUCAGGGAGAAUGUUGAUACUCUGCAGAUGAUCAGAUGCCUUUGUAUCUGCGCUGGGUUCAGAUGAGCUUGCCAGAUUCUUUACCCAGUUCUUUGAACCACCCUGAAUGUGCAGAACGUACAUUCUGUUUCCUUUCUCUCUGGUCAGUGUCUGCAGAUUGCUGUCCUUUGUUCCAUGUCCCAGCAGGAUUCUGACCCCAAGACAUUAACCUGACUUCCAGCGGGUACAAAAGAAUGAUCAUCAAUGGGAGAUAUCAGAGCUUUUACGGUUCAAAUGCCCUCAAUCACUGUUAUUCCCAGCAACUGUGCAGUGAGUUUUUGAGUGAACUGCCAUCAACUUGGAUUGGGUUUUUUAAUACAGGAUCAUUAGGAAUUGAAAGCUGUUUUAUUCCUGUAUUCUAUCUUCCUGAACUGUUAUGGGUGAGUGAGAUUAUGGCCUUGAUCUAUACAUGCAAUAUAAGGUAACUGAACAUGUAAAUAUCUGACUGCAAUUCCACCCUCAUUAUGGGACAGGUGAGUGGGUGGGCCUCUGCUUUAUAAAAUGGACAUGAUCUGUUUCCUUGAUCUGUUGUUGGGAAGCUCUGGAGUGGAAAUAAUCUCUCAAUCUAGAAAGAAAGGGUCAGGGUGAAAGUCAUGCUCUGAUUUUUAAUUAUUAAUAUUGAAGUUGGCAUUGAGCUGGUGCUGCCUACAGAUCUCAGACCCUCACUCCACAGCUCCCUACCUGCUGGCCUCACAGCUGAAUUUCCAGAACCCCUAGCCCAGAGUCUGGAACCUGGGGCAGAGAUUUCCAUCUCUGGUCAUUAACUCCUUGGGCAACUCUUUGCUGGUCCCUUCGGAAGAGAGACAGUGAGCCAAAUUAAUCGCUAAUGCAUCUCCAUUGACUUGAGAUACAUACACCAGGGAUGGGCUUGGCCCAGUGGCUCUAUUACAGAGUUGAACAUGAUAGGCCUCUGAUGUGAAGUGCACAGCCUUAGCCUCUGGGUUCAACCCUGCAGAGAGAGCACUCUGGAUCUCUGUGGGUAAGUCUUCAGCGCGGCUGGGAGAGGCACCCUCUGCCCAGGUAGACUGACUUGUGCUAGCUCUGUUGACACUAAACAUAUCCGGGUGGAAGUUGCAGCACACUCAGUGGCUUGGGCUAGCCACCUGACUCUAAGUCUGCCUGACUCCCAAGCUGCAAGCAUAUUUUUAGCAUGCGAGCUAGAACAGAGCUAGUGUGAGUCUGUCUACUCGGGCUGGGAAGCUCGCUCCUAGCUGCAGUGUAGACAUACCCUGUGGGUCUUGAGCUUGCAGAUCAGUGACACUGAUAACAGCUAAAACCUUCCUUCUCCAACCUAAAGGAGCAGCAGAUCUCCUUCCUCAGUUCACCUGAGCUGCCAGCAGCUCAGAGUCCAACCCAGACCCCCAUGAGCCGUCUCUGUCAGGCCUUUGCUGGAGACAGGCCUCCAAUUGGGUCUGCUUGACUCAAGUGCCUCUGCAUCCAAGCUGAUCCUACUGCCACUGCCAGGGUAUUUUUCUCCACAGGAGAUAAAUUUGACACAUUCAGAACAGAGGCACUGUUGUCUUGUAGUUACCAAAGGGACUGGGAGUCAGGACUCCUGGGGUCUACACACAUCUCUGUCACUGACACACAGUAUGACCUUGAGCAAGUCACUUAAUCUCUUUAUGCCUCAGUUUGUCCAUCUGUAAAACUAGGAUGAUAUUUACCUGAUAUGCAGGGUUGUUGGAAAGCACUGUGAGAUCCUUGGAUGCAGGCAAUAUAGACGUGCACUAUAUGAUUGUGUUAUGGAAGAAGCAUUGCAACUCAGCAAAGCUCAGAAAAAUCAAAUGUGACCCCUCUUCCAAAGGACGAUGCAAUCCUUAUUGUCGCUGUGGGCCAAACUGGCUUGGAGAAUUUGUAUGCACACCCAGUAGAGGGUGCAAAACUGUCUUAAGCGCACAGUCACCCUAUUUGCAAGUGCCAAUUUGCAUUUGCACAAGAAGGGGACCAACAUGUGGCCUUGUGUAUUAACACAUCACUCUUUCCCCAUAAGGGAUAUUGCCUGAAAGAAUGCCUCCCUUUUUAGCCCUACCCCCAAAUUCAUAGGCAGACCCGGAAAGCUUCUGAACUGACUGAUUUCCCUGCUAAUCCCCCGGGUUAAUUGGAACUGCAGCAUCAUUUGUUUGACAAGAUUUGGGAUGUUUUGUAGGAGUGCAGCCACUGUUCCCCAUCCCACGCACUUUCAAGGACCUGAUGCUGUGGGUGCUGAGUGCCCUCAACGCUCAUUGACCUGAAUGGGAGCUGAGGAUGGGGCCCUAAUGGACAAGCCGGGCUGUGUAUUGUCAUUCCCCAAAGAGAGGUUUAGAAAGUGCCUGGUUAAAUUUGCCCCUCUUGAAAUGCUGGCUAGAGUCUCACUUGUAAGUUUCUCGUUCAAGAGGUUUAUGCUUUGAUAAGGAAAAUACGCAAGUGGCAUUGCUGGAUAAACAUGUCCCGACCAGGAGCUACCCUGCCUGUAUUCACACGUCCAUUGGUUAGGGCACCAAUGCUCUCUUUCCCACGUUGCUUGUGUGAGUGCAUACAUAUUUGUGCGUGUGGCUUUCCUCGGUCUUGUACAGACUCUUAGCUAAGCUGCCUGGACUCUGCAGGUGCAGAAGCUCUAUCCUAUCGCAUGUCUAGAGGGGAAAAGCCCUGUGUUCCUAGAUGUCCAAGCAAGGCCUAUGUGGCUGCCCAAGUCCCUCUCCUCUUCCGGGUAGGGGAGUCACAAAGCAAUCAGGCUGGGUGGAGUUGGAGUCAGGCAGAUGCAGGGGAGGCAGUGAGCGUGUGACUCCCCCAGUGCAGAGGUGGGCCCGGGGGGCUGGAACAAUCUGUGUCGUGGGGGUGCUGAGAGCCAUUGAACCAAACUGUAAAACCUGUAUAUGAUGGAAACCACUUCAAGCCGGGGCGGGUGGCAGCACCACCACUAAUUCCAGCACCUGUGGGUGGCUCCUGCUGCAGCCCACUGUCGGCCACCGGGGAGAGCUGAAGUUCUGCCACACUGAGGUUGGACUGGGAAUGCAAGGGACAGGGGAUGUUAUUAGGGGAGGGAAUCGGGUAACACUUACAGUAUCUUAGGAGCCACAGACAGAUUCCAACAACCCAAGAAACCUGAGCGAAUCCAAGUGCCCUACCCACUGGGGGAAAGAGACCGCUCCAAGGAAACAAUGAGCCAAAGUCGGCUCCCAGUCGCACUGGUUUAAUUCCAUUGACAUCAACAGGGCUGCACUGGGGUUAAGAGAGCGGAAUUUGACCCCUUACCGUCAAGCAGCUAUUCCACUGCCAAACUCUCAAGUGUUUAGGAACUGAAGGAAACCUCAGGCAGAGAAAUUGGUUCCACCGGGCAUCGCCCCCAGGGAGCUGGAGAGGCAGCCGGGUGGGCUGUUGGUCACGGGACCAUCUCACUGGAGAAAGGGGAUGUUUCCAGUGGUUAAGAGGUGGGAGGUGUAGCUCGAGUUACUAUCCCCUCUGCCUGAACUCUCCGUAGCAGCUCUCUGUGGCAAUGUAAAAGUGCCCCCCCCCUUUUCCAAAACAGAUCUAAAUGUCAAAUAGCCUCAGUAGAAGAGAGGGGCCCAGUCCAGAGCCCGAGACCCAGACUUUGGGGGGUGGGGGGCGGUUGAAAUGCCCUGGGUUGAGUCCAUCUCAUCUCAGAAGGGUGUUCGAAAUAGGAAUCUGUAUGGCUGUUUCCUCUCUGCGCCUUUCUGUGCCCCUUCCCCUGCUUCCAUGGUUCUUACCCUGUGGCUGCUCUUAAUCCUUACCAGCUGGUAAGGAAAAUAAACCCAUGUAUGAACAGCUGGCUGUUUGGGCCAUUUUCUGGUUAUGAUAGAAGGAGGUGUGGCCUGAACACAGAACUGGGAGGCAGGACUUCCUGGGUUCUAUCCCCACCUCUGCCACUGACUUGCUGGUUGACCUGGGGCAAGUCACUUAAACAUUCUGUGCCUCAAUGUCCCUAUCUGUCAGAUGGGGAUAAUGAAACUGACCUACCUCACGGGGCUGAUGAACUGAUGUUUGUAAAACACUUUGAGAUUGCCCAGUGCUGCACAAGUACUACGUUCUUGCUCCUGAGGGAGACCCACUUCACCUUGAACCAGAUGGCUGCUUAACAGAGUUAGAUCUGAGUCUCUGGGUCACAUCAGAAUGAGAGCAGCUCCAGCCUACAGCUUUAUUCCUACUUCACUUUCAUUAACUCAUUGUCACAGGGACAGGGUUCCAUAGGACAGAGGUGUAUGGUAGAGAACCCCAAAGCUGAUUUCCUCUGCUGGGCAAAUGUCUUGUCAUAACAAAGGCCACAAAGUGACCAAUGAGGCACCAAAAUUUGCAACUGCCAUAGAAGAAGCAGUAAAAUAAACAAAGGAAAAGAUGACCACGGCUGGGAGCAGAAAUUGAGAAAUGGUUCUGCUCCUUUAGUACCUGCUGUCUUUAUUUUUGCACUUCUGGUCUUAAUCGUCACACUGCCUAUAACAAGUGUGCUCAGAAAUCCAAGGUCCAAACAGGUGCGGCAGCAAUUCCUCCUGCCUAGCCCCCCACCUCCUAUGCAAAACACUCCACUUUAUCUCCUGGUCCUGGUGGGGAUUCAUCCCUAUAGGAGGUGGGUGGGUAGAACUACCCACCUGGCUUUGCUUUCUUCUCACAGCUCUCCACAGAUGCCCUCUUGUCCAGAACCAUAUCUCCCUCCAUCCCACACAGGCCUGGUCUCCUAGCACUUUGGUUAUUGUAAGUUAACGACACCAGGAAUGCUGAAUCAUGUGACCGAAGGCACAGAAAAUUAGGAUAUAGAAACUCAUCACAUGCUGUUUACAGAUUCCUGCACUAUCAAAUUUCAUUUCUUCCACGUUGUAUCCCAGAUCUUGGGCUGCACCACAUUGAGAGGUUUGGUUGCAAUACACCAGACCAGACACCGUCUCUGCCACCCCUUUACAUUUUGGAGAGGACUUCCCCACAAAGCAAACCCUUGUGGGUUAGAGUGGCUUAGAGACAACACACUAUUUGAUUUGGAGGGAGUCUUCCGAGCCCCCCCCUUAUGCCCAUCUUCACUACCACGUUAGCCAGAGCUCCUGCUUCAAGCCAGAUCAAGGGGGAGAUUUUCAAAGGCAGAAAUUAGAGUUGUUUGCCCAGUUCCCAUGGCUUGUCAAUGGGAGGUGAAAGCCUAACUCCCAUUGUGCCUCUGAAUAUCUGCCCCAGCUUCAGAUCUCAUUCACACAGUCCAGGGUUUGCCGAGCAGGAGUCUCCAUUAAAGUCAACUUCCAGAUCGUCUUGUGCUUUAUAAAGCCUUUCUAUUGUAUAACCAGGGAUUAUCUGAUUGUCAUAACCUUUGAUACUAACUUUUAAUGACUUGUAACAUUUCGGAUGUCUGUGAAUGAGACUUGUAGAGUGAUUUUUUUUUAGUGUCUUGUAUUUUCUCUUGUGAAUGAGUAUUUUAUAUUUAACACAGUAUUUAAUAAAAAAUAUAAUGAUAAUGCUAGAGAACAUUUCUUGUGGAGUAGGAUUUAAAUAAAGACUCAAGAUACCUCA